AUGGGGGAUCAAUCUUUGGGUGAUUCUAGUCAUCCUAAACUAACUUUUGCUGAACUGGUGAUGGGAAAAAACAAAAAAAAUCAUGUAUCUACUGCUAUUGAUAUUAGUUCUUUAACAAACCCUACUAUGAAAGAUGGUAAGCCGGCUAUUGUGAUCCCUCAGGAUUACUACGAAGAAGGCUGUCAAAUAAGGCGUUUUAGUCUUAUUGGUAGACUGGAUCUCAAAGGUGUUAAACUGAAUGAUAUUAAGGUUAACUUGGAACAACAAUGGAGUCUUGGAGAAACUAGGGUUCAGUUUAUUCCUAUGAACCGUGGUUUUUUCAUCAUCAAGUUAUUAUCUCAGGAAGACAAAGACAAGGUUUAUAGAGAAGGUAACAAGGAUCCGUGGAUUGUGAAUGAACAACCAUUACGAUUGAUUGACUGGUAUCCAGGAUUUGAUGCUGACAAACAAUGCACAUCACACUCUACCAUAUGGGUCAAGUUUCCCGGUCUCCCUGUUGAGAUGUGGGUUGAAAAAACGUUGUUAUCGCUUGGUAAAUCCUUGGGUACUCCUAUAAUGGUGGAUAAGCGAACCCUGAAUCAUGAAUAUGGGCAUUUUGCUUCAGUUUUGAUUGACAUUGAUUUUUCAAAACUCAAUUCUGAUUCUGUCCAUGUUGAAGCUGGUGGGCGGAAUUUCUUGCAACCUUUUGAAAUUUUAAAGAGACCUAAAUACUGCUCUAAGUGUAAGAUAGUUGGGCAUCAAGACUCUGAAUGUAGGAAGAAGCAUACUCCUUUAAAUUCUGAGGUUCAACACCCAGUUUCUACCAAUGUUGCAUCAAAUAAGAAGAAUGGUAAGAGAAAUCGUAAAGGACCAGCACAAAAUUUACAACCUACAACUGUGAGCGUUAAUGGAACUGUUGAGUUGGAACAACAAAUUCAAGAUGAUUUAGCGAUAUCCGAAGCUGUUUUGCGAAGUGCCACAGCUGAGUUUGAAAAAUCCAAACAGGCUGCACAUGCGCAUACAGUUUUAGUUAAGAAAGCCAAGUCGGUGAGCACUUCGGUUUUGAAUACUAAGCCAGGUGGGAAUGUUGAAUUGGCAAGAACUAAACUUCCGAAUCCUGGUAGGAUUCCUAUAUCUUCUUUGCCUACACUGGUGUGUGACGCUCUUGAACAACAUUCUGAAUAUGUUUCGCACAACAAAUUUAAUAUCUUGGGCACAAAUUUUGUUGGUGAAUCUUCAAACAGUCAGUUGCAUGAUAUUAAUAGGAUUGAUGAAGCUGCAAGACGUGCUAAACAACAGCAACUAUUAGCACUUCAAGCAAGAAUUGAUGCAUUGCGAGAUAAUGAUAAUAUGUCUGAUUUGGAAGAAGAAUCUGAGCUUGGAAUCCGAGCUCGGAAUGGAUCCUCUCCAAGACUCAAAGCCUCCUCCAAUACUGCCAGUACGGUAAAUCUAUCUAAAACUCAAAAUCCUAGGGUUUAA